UCACAGUGAAAGCUCCAAUAGCACUUCCGACUCAUUCACUACGCAAACACUUCCUUCACUUAAACCCAUGCGGCACUGUGAAUUUCUCAUCGGCGAAAAAUGACCGGAAGUGGAAGAAGAACCGUUCGGAAUAGAGUGAGAUCAUCCUCCGAUGCUGACGACGAUUCUCUUCGCGAAAGGAGAGAUAGGUUGAAGCGCCACAGAGUUAGGAGCAAAUACGGAAGCUCCAUUCCGAUAUUCAAUAAUGCUAAUCUCAAAGUCGUGCUCGGUGUCAGCUUCUUAGCAUUUUUCAUCAUCGUGUUUCUGAUCCGUCACGUCGUCAAUUCCGCCGUAGAAUCUCAGCUGCCUCGCGCUGUGACGCCCUUUCCUGCGCCGAAGAUAAUGGACCUUCCUCAGUUUCAAGGUCAGCACAAGGAGAGUUUGUAUUGGGGAACUUAUCGCCCCCAUGUCUAUCUCGGAAUUCGUGCCAGGACUCCAAAAUCUUUGAUUGCUGGAUUGAUGUGGAUUGGUGUGAAGGAUGGAAGAUAUCACUUGCGACAUGUUUGCAAACAUGAGGAUGGCCUAAGUACUUAUGGUUGGACAAAGCAUAAUGGACGUGAUUUUGGGCAUCAAGUACUAGUUGACCAUGGCAUGACCUUGGCUACUGGGUUUUUAAAAUCAAAGGGGGACGUUAGUGGUUAUGGAGGCGAUUGGGCAGUUCGAAUCGAUGUGCAAAUUGAUAAGUCUAAGUGGAAUGAGGAAUUUGGGAGUGGUGCCCAGCUCUUUUUCUACUUGGCUGAUGAAGGUAGUAAUGUUCUAGAUGUAAGUAGAGAGAACCUCAACAUUCAUGAGGAUUCUUUGCUCGCAUCUGGCUCUCGACCGGACAUUGGAGAUUGGCAACUACAUUUAAAAUCAACGGAUGAUUUGGAACUGCAUUAUUCUGGAUUUAACACUCCUCACUUUCACAAUUUGUCUGAUCUUGUUGAGGAAAAUCUUGCAUCGCAAAUAAGAAAGCAUGCUCGACUGCAGCUAUCUGACUCAUCAGAUGAUUCUCCAAAUGUGUUCGUUUUUCAGAUUAUUGGCGGAUUUCCUUUCACAACAGAUAUUGUACUUAUCUCUGGAACUGGUUCAGAAAGCUCAAGAGUAGAAGAGCGUGUCAGUAAUCUUACAGGCACCUCACUGUCUAAUCAACUGACAUAUAAAGAACAAGCAUUUGAUGAAAAGUUUGAGAAAAUUUUCAAUUUGGCUGAGAAGGUGGAUUCAGAAUCCAUAUCUGUUGGAAAGGCUGCCGUUGGAAACUUAUUGGGUGGCAUUGGCUACUUCUAUGGCCAGUCAAAAAUUGCUGUUUCGAGAAUCCCUAAUCUUAGAGAACAUCUUAAUUAUAUAUCAUAUUGGCCUGCUGAGCUUUACACAGCUGUACCAAGUCGAUCUUUCUUUCCAAGAGGAUUUUUAUGGGAUGAAGGUUUUCAUCAACUUCUAAUCUGGCGUUGGGACAUUCAUAUUUCAUUGGAUAUCAUUGGACACUGGUUAGAUUUGAUGAAUAUUGAUGGAUGGAUACCACGUGAACAAGUUCUAGGGGCUGAAGCACUGAGUAGGGUUCCAGAGGAAUUUGUUCCUCAGUAUCCAACAAAUGGAAAUCCUCCAACUCUGUUUUUAGCAUUAAAUGAUAUAAUUAAUGGCUUGAAGAAUAAAGAAUUUACUUCAAUAGAAAGAAGUGAGAUCUCUCUGUUCCUGGAGCGUGCCUUUGUUCGAUUGGAAGCAUGGUUCCAAUGGUUCAAUACAACUCAGUCAGGGAAUCAGAUGAGCAGCUACUAUUGGCAUGGACGGGACAAUAGGACAAUGCGUGAGUUAAAUCCCAAGACACUGUCCUCUGGGUUGGAUGAUUAUCCACGUGCUUCACACCCAAGUGCAGAUGAACGUCACUUGGAUCUUAGAUGUUGGAUGUUGUUUGCAGCAGAUUGUAUGCAUUCCAUUGAAGAACUGUUGGAUAAGGAAACCAAACCUGGCAGGAAUUAUGGUUAUACUGCUAAAUUGCUAUCAGAUCAUGAGUUACUGAACCAGAUGCAUUUUGAUGAUGCAUAUGGUGCCUACUUUGAUUUUGGAAAUCAUACAGAAAAGGUUCAACUUAAGUGGAAAGAAAUGGAGGUAGGACAAAAUUAUGAUGCUCGCCAGCUUGUCCGGGAUGUUUUGGAGAGGCCUGUGUUGAGAUUGGUUCCUCACAUUGGUUAUGUGAGUUUGUUCCCGUUCAUGGGGAGGAUCAUUCCAUCUGGAUCAUGGAUUCUGGAAAAGCAGCUUGAACUCAUUUCAAAUCGCAGCCUCUUAUGGACUGACUAUGGACUACGUUCUCUUGCCAAAACAAGUUCCUUGUACAUGAAACGCAACACAGAGCAUGACCCUCCAUAUUGGAGAGGUCCAAUUUGGAUAAACAUGAAUUACAGAAUUCUUUCAGCUCUCCACCAUUACUCCAAAGAGAAUGGGCCAUAUCAGGAUAGAGCUAAAGUUAUCUACGAAGAAUUGAGAAGCAAUUUAAUUAGAAAUAUAGUACGCAAUUAUCAACAGACUGGAUUUUUGUGGGAACAGUACGAUCAGAUUAAGGGUAAAGGAAAAGGGACACAUCCAUUUACAGGUUGGACGUCGCUUGUAGUAUUAAUCAUGGCGGAAGCAUAUGACAAAAUUUAGGAUAAAAACAGCAUGGAGACCAUAUGACAUAUCCCUCUUGCUCCCUUCUCGUCCUUCAUCCGUGAGUACCAACUAAAGGAGAAACUGGCGUUCAACGUUGUAGUGAAAAUAUUAAAUUUUAUAGAUUCUAGUUAAUGUUUUAGUUUCUGAAGCCUCCCAAAUCCUAUUAUGAUGGAUGAGGAACAGAUCAUAUGUGCUUGGUAGAAAUUUCAAAAUUCUCUAAUCAAAUUCCAUCCUA